AUGCUCGAUUCGGAUGUCCACUUUUUAGUAGUUUUAAUUCCUUGUCGGUAUUUCAAAUAAACCAGUCCCGGAAAACCACGUGCUUCUUCCUUUUCAUCAACGACACCGCCAUGGCACCAGCGAAAGUAGCCAAGCCAGCUAGCAAGCCCCGUUCAGGUGGUAAGGGCAAGAAGAAGAAGAUUGCCAUUCACUAUGUACUGGAUUGUACUCACCCUGUAGAGGAUGGAAUCAUGGACGUAGCCAGCUUUGAGAAGUUCCUGAAUGAACGCAUCAAGGUAGAAGGCAAGACAAACAACAUGGGAAAUAAUGUAUCCCUGGAGAGACAGAAGUCAAAGGUCAUUCUCAAUGCUGACAUACCUUUCUCAAAGAGAUACCUGAAGUACCUUACAAAAAAGUACUUGAAGAAGAACAAUUUGAGAGAUUGGUUGAGAGUGGUGGCCGCUGCCAAGGAUACGUACGAGCUGCGCUACUUCCAGAUCAACAAUGAAGAUGAGGAGGAAGACGAGGCUGACGAGUAGGAAUCUGUCCUACUUGACGUGUCAUCCUGACACUUGCAUUGUUCUGUACUAUACUUCAAUAAAAGUGGGAUGACAUUUCA